AGCAUCCGCUGUAGGGGGCCCUUGGGAGCGUCGGCAGAUUCUCGAUUUGCCAUGGCGCGGCGGGGGCGAUGCCUCUGUUUGCUGCUUCUGGCGGUGUUGCUGCCUCGAGCAUUCCUGGCGCCCAAGGAGGCGCCGACGGUGCCGCGGCGUUUGGGCCUCCUGGCCCCGGUGGCCGGCGUCGCCGCCGCUGGCUUCAGCUUCGGCGAGCCGGCGCGCGCGGAGCAGGGCUGGCAGCUGAAGCUGCCGAGGACUUGGAGGACCUUCGAGCAGAAUAAUCAGCCAGCGCCAGAGGUGAAGACCCCAACUGCGCUGGUGGUGGCGGGUAACCCCGAGCAAGGCGGGGAGCUGGUGGUGCUCCGAGUGCCGCUGUCCACAGACCCCAAGGACCCCAACGCCAAGGGCACCAAGGACCUCAUCUCCUACUUCACCACGCCCGUUGAUGCCAAAGCCUCGGUGCCGGUGCCCAAAGCGGCGGAGGUGGUCGCUUCCUCGCAGAAGACCUCCCCGGGGCUGCUGAAGUGGGAAUACUUAGAGAAGCCGACCGAGAAGAUCAACUUCAAGCGCCGCUACAUCAAGUACGACUACGAGUCCAGCCUUUGCCCUGGAGUGGUCAGCAAGGGCGUGAAGGGCGACACCUGCAUGGCCGUGCAGGACAACUCUGAGCUGCCCUUGUACGAGCGGCGCCACAAGAUUCUGCUCACCGUCACGGACGAGGGCGCCACUAAGGCAGGCGUGAAGGAUCCCACCUACUACCUCUGGCUGCUGGAUGUGUCCGGCCCGGCCGCGGAGUCACGGAACAACUGGGGCCAGCUCAGUGAGGCUGUGAGCGAGGUGGCAGACUCUUUCCUGAUCUCCGACGAUGAGAAGCAGCUGGAGUCCGCCCGCACGGCAGAGGUCUCCAAGGAGCAGCUGGAGGAACUGAAGAAGCUGCAGGAAGAGGGCUCCUUGCCGCAGGAUCGCGGCAGCUGAGCUCCUGAGCUCCUGAGCUCCUGAGCUCCGAGGCCGCGGGAGAUUCGUUGUCCGAGGCAGCUGACGGGCAUGGGAUGUACAUACUCAGAUCCUUUGUUUCUGUUGUCGGCACAGGGCCACGUUCGAUAAAGCGCAAAAGCGGCUUAGCAGAAGCGCCUGCUUCUUGCGAAGCCUGCUCUAUAUGCAUUUGGCUUUCAAAGUAUAGACAUUUCCAGGGGAGGAAGUACUGGCGC